AUGGUGUUAUGUGGCGUAUGUGGGAAAUGCGACUUUAAGUACAAGUGUCCCAGGUGUCUGGUGCAAUCGUGCUCUUUGGAGUGUUCCAAGAAACAUAAAGUGAGGGAUGAUUGUUCAGGGCAAACUCAUGAUCCAAAGGAGUAUAUAUCGAGCGAUACACUGAAACAGGCAGACGAUGAGAGGCACGAACGGAACGCUUAUAUACAGAGAGAUUACAACUAUCUGACGCAGUUGAAGCGGAUGGUGCAGGUGCAGAAGAUGGAUGCUAGGGUGAAGAACAAACGAGUGCUGGGGCCUGCGGGCCAUGGCGGUAAUCUGAAAAGGAGGAGAUACGAUGUGGACGAGAACGACCGUGAAAACGUGGAGUGCCAGCGGAUUAUUAGAAGGGGGGUGAACUGUUUAAUGUUGCCCAAGGGGAUGCAGCGGUCAUCGCAGAACAGAAGCAAGUGGGACAAGACGAUGGACCUGUUUGUAUGGAGCAUAGAGUGGAUUGUAUGUCCUAUGCCAAUGGAGGGCGAUAACAACGAGGUUUUCAGGCAUGUGAGCCACCGGAUCAAGGAGACGGACUUCCUGGUCCAGGGCAUGGGCAAGAACGUUUUCCAGAAGUGCUGUGAGUUCUACCGCUUGGCUGGAACAUGCAGUGCCCAGGAGGGCGAAGACGGCUCAGAGACCAAGGAGGAACGGACGGAGAUCUUGCAGAAGAGCGGACUCAAAUUCUACACGAAAUGGUUCCCAUACAACACCACACAUAUAACGGAUUCCAAAAAACUGGUGGAGUUGGCGAUCCAUGAGAAAUGCAUUGGAGAGCUAUUGAAAAACACGACGGUGAUCGAGUUCCCGACGAUCUUCGUCGCCAUGACGGAGAACGACUUGCCAGAGGGCUACGGGGUGGUGCACGAAGAGACACGCAGGGUGGAGCGUACGGACACGCUGAACAAGUUCGUUGACGAUGUAAAGGAAGUGGAGGACGUUGAAGAAAACCCUCAGCCGACAGAGGAGCCCGUGCAGAGGAAGACGCCGGAUGCCGGUGGUAGCGACAGCGACAGUGACAGCGACGACUACAACCCGGGCCUGUCCAUGGAUUUCCUCACCGCAUAA